ACAUGUUUUUAUAUUUUUAUGCUGUGCUGGCCAGGCCAGAGACGCAAAGACGUUUUGAAAUUGUGUUUUGAAAACACGACCAUGACUGAACAACAGACAACAGCUAUGUCUGUCAAUGUCAACAAAGCGAGUUUAUAAGAACGAACAAAAUAGAAAAAGUAACGAAAUGGAAGUUACACAUUCACACAAUCAAAGUUAUUGGUUUGUGCUGAGAGAAGAUCAAAGCAAUGUUAUUUUCAGUAGCAAUAAUUUUGCUAUACAAAAUCCUCAAAUUUCAGACCAAGACUCUAGGAAUCCUAUAGAGACCCUUGACAACAGGCAGUACAUACAAAUAAAUGAAGCCCCUUUACCCAUAUCUGAUGAAGCUUUAGAGCAUUGUAAAAAAGAAGAACUAGAUACAUUAAAAGAGGAAACAUUUUGGGACAAGAACAAAAUAAAAUUAUUGCUCACACUCUGCCUUGACCAAAGGUACAAAAAUUCAAACAAAGAUAAAGUUUUAUGGGAUGAAAUUGCUGUCAAUGUUGGAACUUCUCCUGGAGAAUGUGAUAAGAAAUUUAGGAAUCUUAGAAGAACAUACAUUAGAUUACUUAAAAAGAAAAGAUUAGGUAAAGAUAUUAAAUGGAUUCAUUAUAACAUUUGUGAAGAAGUAUUCAAAGAUUGUAAAUCUUUGUCAACUUCAUUACUGGAGACUUGGGAAGAUAACAAAAUAAGGAGGAUGCUCAACUUGUAUAUAGAAAAUAUUAAUAAAUUUCGAAACCCUGAUUGCUUGCAAAAGGAUGUUUGGAGAGAAAUUGCUCAACAGUUAAAUACAACAGAAUAUAAUUGCUACCAUAAGUUUAAAAAUUUAAAAAGAACUUAUUUCAAUUGGUUGGAGAGGACUAGAGACACUGGCAAAUUAAUAAAAUGGCCCUACCGCAACUAUUUUGAAAGAAUAUUUUACAACUACAACCCUAAUGUGGGCCCUUGGGAUAGAAAUAAAAUACAAAAGCUUAUUGCGGCAUAUGGUCAAAUAGCUCAUAAAUUUGUAAACCCAAGAAUGCAAAAAAAAGAACUUUGGAAAGAAAUAUCAAACAUAGUUGGAGAGAAUCCAAGUAAUUGUGAUAGAAAAUUCAGAAAUUUGAAACAAACAUAUAUAAGAUUAAAAAUGAGAGCAGAAUCAGGUAGAUCAAUAACAAAGUGGUAUUACUAUAAGGAUUUUGAAUCAAUUUUUGAGAACACCAAUUACAACAGUAAUGAUGGAAUUCCAAGACUUUUCUACAAAAACCAGGAUGGUGACUACGUCCAUCAAUUGCUUACUUUCUACUUAAACAAUAAGGAAAAGUUUAGAGACCCCUUAAUGAAAAAGAAAAAUCUUUGGAAACAAAUAGGACCCAGUCUGGGACUCUCCACAGAAGAGUGUGAUAAAAAAUUCAGAAACUUAAAACAAACUUACAUUAGACUAGCAGAGAAAAAAAGAGUAACUGGUAAAUGUAACCAAUGGCCAUAUUAUACUUACUUUGAACAAAUUUAUGAUCAACCAAAAAUAAACAGGGAAUGCAAUCACAGAUGCACCAUUGACAAUGUUACACUAACAGAAAUAAAAAGUGCUGUUAGAAAUAUUAACCAAAAUGAAGGAAAAGAUAAGUUUGAGAAGUUGGUCCAAGUCAUUGAAGAAUCCAACACUAUUCAGAGGGAGAGGAACAAUAUUCUUCAUGCAAUGCUUCACAGGCAUUGACAUGUCUUUCUCUCUCUCAAAGUGACUUGUAAUGAAUUCUUCAAUAAAUUCAUAUUAGGUAAAUAAAAGGCAAAUAGAAUUGUUUAAAAAUGGUUUUAUUAAUACCGUUCUUACAUUUUUAUAUGUACAGUUUUCAUUCUGAAAUGUGUCGCAAUUUGAAUAAUGUCUCCGGCAACUAGUUGACAAUGACUUAAUGUACACUGAUUAUGCUUACCUCUUAACUUAAAAAUACAUCUGUGUGAAUAAAGGCUUAUCAUAAAUUUCACGUCAAUAACACUAUACCACAGUUAGGAAUGAAAUUUAGUACUGAAAAAUAGUGAAGUAAUCACACUUGACCACCAGCAACCGCACAGGAUUAUUUUGUGGGUGCUGGUGUCAAAUUGAGGUUGCUACAUUUUGCAUCACUUGCAAUUUUUAAGACAAGUGGAGCUCAAACUGUGCAGCAGUCAUACAUUGAA